AUGGCACCCCCCACAGCAACCUACACAGAGACAACCACACCCUCGGCCGGGUAUGACAAGCCAGAUUCACAACCAGAUGGCACCGCCACCAACGAGCCCAAGUUGACCCAACGUGGCGCCGAAGCAAAGAUGCAAUUCUUCCCCUCACCACCCAAGUUCACCGACAAACUAGAAGAACGCCAAUAUCUCAAAGAACGUCUGGCGCUGGCCUUCCGCAUCUUUGGGAAAUAUGGCUUCGAUGAAGGUGUCGCCGGCCACAUUACCGUCCGCGACCCCGUCGAUCCUCACACCUUCUGGGUCAACCCCUUCGGCCUUGCAUUCUCCAUGAUCAAGGCCUCGGAUCUUAUCCUCGUCGACCACGAAGGGAAGGUCAUCGACGGUGGACCGAACCGUCUCCUCAACACCGCUGCGUAUAUGAUCCACGCUGCGGUGCACAAAGCCCGUCCGGACGUUCUCUGCGCAGCUCACUCGCACAGUAUCUAUGGUCGUUCGUUCUGUGCCUUGGGCCGACCGAUCGACAUCAUCACCCAGGACAGCUGUGCGUUCUACAACGAUCUAGCUGUAUACGAGCAAUUCAAGGGUGUUGUCCUCGCAAAGGAAGAAGGAGAAAAUAUCGCCAAGGCCGUGGGGAACCGAAAAGCAUGUCUGCUACAAAACCACGGUCUGCUUACCGUCGGCCAGACCAUCGAGGCCGCUGUCUUCUGGUUCGUCAGCUUGGAAAAGUGCUGCCAUGCUCAACUCAUGGCCGACGCUGCGGCUGCUGGCAGAGGUGGCGCCACAGUCAAAAUCGACGAUGAAGACGCUGCUUUCACGUACAAGGCUGUCGGAACGCCCAGGGCUGGUUGGUUUAGUGCUAAGCCCAUGUUUGAUGUGAUGGCGAAGGAGGUGGGUGAUGAGUACAAACAUUAA